CUUUGUGUGUCUGCACCAGACAGAACUGUUUGGGUUUUCACUUUGUUGUUUUGUAUUUUGAAGUGUUCUUUCAUCAUUAAAUAAGAUGAACACUUACCAUGCUGUGCUUUGGUCCGCUCCUCCUUCCACCUACGAGGAGAAUCGUUACAAUUAUGGAACGUAAAAUGCAUAUUCCACUUCAGUUGACGCUGAUCUGAUACAGAUGGAACGUAGCCUUGCAAUGGUUGUUAGGAGGACCUUGGAGAAGGAGAGCUGCACACUCUAGCGCAGACUCAAUUAUUUAAUAACCUAAUAUCCAACCUUUCUGACCGACAAGCUGUCUUCAUCAGCGUAUACUGUUAGGAGCACUUUAACACAAAAGGAUCUAUUAAUCUCUGACCGUACCUCAUUGAAAAGUUGCCACUCUGCCUAGUGACUGUAAACUAAACAAAAAUACUAACGUGGACACCCUGACCCUGGAGCUUGUGGCAGAGCGCAGCAUGGCCCAGAAGAGUGAAAAUGCGCGCCAGCAGCUGGAGAGGCAGAACAAGGACUUGCGGGCCAAGCUGGGCGAGCUGGAGGGUUCCGUGAAGAGCCGGUUCAAGGCCUCCAUCACCGCCCUGGAGGCCAAGAUACUGCAGCUGGAGGAGCAGUUGGAGCGGGAGGCUAAGGAGCGAGCAGCGGCCAAUAAGCUUGUGAGAUGGACAGAGAAGAAGCUGAAGGAGGUGUGCAUGCAGGUGGAGGACGAGCGCCGCCAUUCCGACCAGUACAAGGAACAGAGUGAGAAGGCCAACUCUCGUAUGAAACAGCUGAAGAGGCAGCUUGAGGAGGAGUCCACACGUGCCAACGCCUACCGCAGGAAGCUGCAGAGGGAGCUGGACGAUGCCACUGAGAGCAGCGAGGGUCUCAGCCGUGAGGUCAGCACACUCAAGAGCCGGCUCAGGCGUGGAGGCCCCAUCAGUUUCUCCUCCAGCCGCUCGGGCAGGCGUCAGCUGCAGGUGGAGGGAGCAUCGCUCGACCUCCUAUCCGACGAUGAGGUGGAAAACAAAACCACGGACGCCAAUGCCAACGAGACGCCAGCAGCUCCCCAACCAGAGUAGACGUGCUCCCUACAGCCCAAACCUUACCCCUGUCCUCCUAACCCCAGACACCAGCAGUGGACCCCACUACUCUGCCUUACCCAUCUAUGGCAAGCUGCAGGGCCAAGCAAAUCCAUCACCUCCUCCAUAUGAAUAUACCGCACAUCAAGCCUUGGAUUCAUUUUUAACAUCAAUUGCAAAUAAUAGUGCAUUUUUAUUGCAUAGGCGUCUGAGUGUGCAUAGGCACUCGAAAACAAAUAGCAGGAGUUUGCAUAAUUAUGUUAAGCUACUUCCCUGGAACAGCCAUUAGAAUCAAACAGCCCUCUAGCUAGAAUUAACCACUGUCAUUUCAGCUGGUUUACUGGCACACAGGUGGACGACUGCACACAAGUCGGU